CCAACAGCAGGGAGAGAAAUUCGCUGAAGAAGGGCUGUCCUUGCUCAUCAGUGGCUGUGUACUGUAUCUCCAAGGACAGCAAGGAAUCUCUCUGGAAUACAGUCAGACCUUGAUGUUUUUCCAAUAAUUGGCUGUGGAGGUCGAUUCUCCCCCUUCUUCCUGCUUCUUUUAAGAGAUGAAUCGCUGGCGGGCGAUCAAAGUCGGAGCCCUGUAUGGCUGCAGCCGGCACAAAGGGGCGUUAAGGCUGGAAUAUCGCCCGAGUCACCAGCUACUGCCACGCAGAUGGGCAACAUCGCUUCAGGGGUUUAACUGAAGUCAACGAGGGAAUUGUUUUCAGAGGCUCACCAAACUUCCUCUGAAGGAUCUCCGUGGGAGAAAGAUCAGUCAUCCAGCACCAAGGGCCUUCAUCUGCCCUCGACACAGCGGAAUGGACAAUGAGGAGAGAUGAGAGGAAGAGGAGGGACAGUUUGCCAGCCAUAGCAAAGUGAACAGGUACUGAAGACAUACCCUUGAGGGUACCACCGCAGUGACAAGAGGGGUACCAACAUAGGCACAGUUUAGUACCUUUUUUCUCAGAGGCAGAAGCUGGUGUGGUGAUUAGCAUGGCAGGAUGCAGCAGUGUGAAGAGGGCUGGCUGGUGUGUCUCUGGCUGAUUAGGUGAGGCGAGUUAAGCACUGACCAGAAGAUGGAGAGGAGGGCCGCAGUGGGUGGUGGAAAUGACAGGCUCGUGCUGGCGCCGUCCGUAGAGGCACCCGAGCAGGGCGAGCAUGAGCCGCGCGCUGGCGGAGCCCGUGGGCGCGAGCUUCCGCGAGGACGCGCCGCGCCCUCCGGUGCCCGGGGAAGAAGGGGAGGGCCCGCGUCGCGUGGCCACGGAGGUCCCGGUACCAGUCACGCUUACGGUCCCGGUCCCAGGCUGCAGCGCGAGCCGGAGGAACGAGGACGGCCUCGGGGAGCCUGAGGGCAGCGCCUCGCCGGACUCUCCUCUGGCCCGCUGGACAAAGUCCCUGCACCUGCUGCUGGGUGACCAGGACGGCGCGCACCUCUUCAAGACGUUCCUGGAGCGCGAGAAGGGCGAGGACGCGCUGGACUUCUGGUUCGCAUGCAACGGCUUCCGGCAGAUGGACCUGAAGGACGGCAAGACGCAGCGCGUGGCCAGGGCCAUCUACAAGAGGUACGUGGAGGCCAGCGGCGUGGUGGCCGAGCAGAUGAAGCCGGCCACCAGGAGCUACAUUAGGGACAGCAUCAAAAAGCAGCGCAUCGACUCGACCAUGUUCGACCAGGCGCAGACCGAGAUCCAGGCCGCCAUGGAGGAGAAAGCCUACCAGAUGUUCCUCAGCUCGGACAUUUACCUGGACUAUGUGCGCUCCGGCUGCGAGAACGCGGCGUACGUCCACCAGAGCAGCCUUGCGGGUCUCAAGGUGAUGUGCGGCUACCUGCCCCCUCUCAUCGAGGACAAGGAGUGGACCUGCGGAGACCUGAAGGCCAAGGCGCUGGCCACCGUGGUGGGGCUUUCAGCCAAGAGCCUGCGGGCCACCAUGACCCUAAGGACCACGGAGGGUCUGGAGCGUGGAUGCAGGGCUCAGAGACGGGGUGACCCGGCCAGCCCAUACUUUGUGAACUCGGGUCAUGUAUUUGCGCCAGCCAGCAGCACUAACGACAGUGAGGUGUCCAGCGAUGCCACCACGGAUGACUCCAUGUCCAUGACGGACAGCAGCGUAGAUGGGAUUCCUCCAUACAAGCUGGGCACGAAGAAGCAGCUACAGCGGGAGAUGCACCGGAGCGUCAAGAUCAACGGACAAGUUUCGCUCCCCCACUUUCCCAGAACACACCGGUUGCCACGAGAGAUGGCUCCAGUAGAGCCGUCUGCGUUUGCUGCGGAGCUGAUUGUCCGGCUCGAGAAGCUGAAGCGCGAACAGGACACACUCAGCUGUCUGGAAGAGAGACUGCAGCAGAUACAGGAGGAAGAAGAGCGAGAUGAAAGUGAGUUAGCAGGCCCCCAGCAGCCUCCUCCCUCCCUCAGCCUCCUUCCGUCCGGUUUCUGUGAGGAAGACCCUCAAGCCAUCCUGGAUGAGCAUCUCUCCAGGGUCCUAAAGACCCCCGGCUGUCAGUCCCCUGGCGUCCCCAUCUAUUCUCCUCGCUCACGCUCCCCAGACCACCACCAUCACCACCAGCACCAUCACCAGGGCUCUGGCUCCAGCUCCUUAUCCACUGGACCCUACUCUAUCCCAGGCAAGAUGCCUCCAGCAGGCCCGCGACCCUCCGCCAAGCACAUCCACCACCACUACAUCCACCACCACCACGGAGCUCCACCCAAAAGCAAGGAGCAGAUUGAGGCAGAGGCAGCACAUCGAGUGGCUCAAUGUUUGGGCUCAGCAGGGUCAGAUUACUCCUUCCAGCGAUGCCACAGUCCAGCAGAGCUCACAGCAGGGAAAACCAGCAUGUUGUCAAAGCGUCCCAGUAAAGCCAGUGAUGGGAUGAGCGUGUGCCAGUCCAGUGGAGAGGGAAGCAGCUCCCCUCAGCUGCCCUUAGAUGGUACAGACAGGUCACAGAACGUGUGGCAGUGGAUCCUGGAGAGCGAGAGGCAGAAUAGGCACAAACCACACAGUUCCCAAGGCCUGAAGAAGACCCACCCCACAGACUCAUCCUCAAAAACACCCUUAUGGGGCGGUGGAGGAGUAAAUGCUCACGUCCGGGGGCACCAUCCCGGGCACCCUUUCGUCCAGGACCCUACUAUGCCUCCUCUGCCCCCACCGAACACUCUGACCCAACUUGAAGAAGCCUGCCGAAGAUUGGAAGAAGCCUCCAAACCUGCUAAACAAAGGCACUCAGCAUCCAGCCUGCAGAGAGAAAGAGUGCAUCCGUCUCUUUUUCCCAACAGCUCCGCUCUCAUCAGCCCUGCCCUGCAGAUGGAUGAGUGGAAGGAACAGCGGAGACCCAGUGCUGUUCACUCCAGCUCCCCCUCUGGCUCGGAGCUGGUGGUCACCUAUUUCUUCUGUGGAGAGGAGAUUCCUUACCGCAGGCUCAUGAAGACCCACAGUCUCACACUCGGUCAUUUUAAAGAGCAGCUCCGAAAGAAAGGCAACUACAGGUACUACUUUAAGAAGGCCAGCGAUGAGUUUGAGUGUGGCGCCGUGUUUGAGGAAAUCUGGGAGGAUGGGACGGUGCUGCCCAUGUACGAGGGCAAGAUUUUGGGCAAAGUGGAACGAAUGGACUGAGGAUACAACUAGGCAUCCAUUCACAGCCAGCUAACCAACCAACAGGAUAACUUAUAGACUUCCAUUUGCCACACCUUGCCACCCCCCAAACCCUCCAAAAUGAGGCUGGACCACCCUUAGAGAUCCCUGUCCUUGUAUUUUUUAAGCUACCUAGAGUUAAUAUAUUUGCGAAAGACUGCCCAGGUUGUGAUGAAGCUAUUGAAGGAACACUACGCAACCAAUGAAGAAAGAGCGGAAGACCUUUUUUAACCAAUCAGCCUUAGAAACCUGAGAAACACAGCCUUCUGGGUAAUGUAGUUUUGAGCAGUUGCUCAGAAAUACAUCCUCUGAGGAAGAUGCAGAUGACUUCACUACGCUGCAGUGGACUGACUACGCCACCAUCUGCUUUACCUAUUGAACUUCAGUCAAUGUUGAAAUGUCUAUACAUGUGUAUAUACAUACAGGCCUAUAUGUAUAUAUACAUGUAUUCUUUUAAAGAUAAAGAUUUUCUUUCUAUUAUUAAGUAUUUAUUGAAACUGUACUAUCCCAACUUUCCCAUCCCACAUGUCCACAGAACGGACACGCUGCUUCAAAAUGUUGGUUCCGUCCCUUUUAUUAUCACCAAUGCAACAUCCAUGUACUCCUCUCUAGACCCAUCAGCGAGUUCCUAGAAACUCAAAUAGAAUUCCUAGAAUGUUCUGCUGCAGUAAUGUCGACGAAAGCUCACUGUGCGGUAACUACUAUUUAACAUUUUUAGAACAUUUUUCUAAGAUGGGUCCUCAUGUUAGUUCCCAUUGAAAGGACGUUCUAGGUAGUUUGCUAAGAAUAGAUUUACAGAAAGGUCCACUUGUUUGAUGUUGUGCCUUUGUUUGUUGACCAGACAUUGCACCAACACAAAGAUGAGCCCACAUACUAAAGCUGCAUUUACAUUACAGUGGAGCAAAUCGUUUUCAUUUUGCCUCCCAUUGAUUUCUGUAGAAUCAGGAUCCAACAGCGCUGUGGGAGUGACAGAGCGGCAAAAAAGUUAAGAAUUUCACACCUUUAUGCAAAUAAGAUUUGUCCAACCUCAGCCAAUUAGGUUGCUGAAAGGCAGGGCAUUUUGUCAUGUGUCAUGCCUAUGGUGUUGAGAAGAUUGCAAGAAAUAAUUGCAGUGGUCUAAGAACUGGGGCCCUCCAAUGAGUUAAAUUCAUUCUUGAAAUGUCUACAUCAGAUUUGUGAUGUGUUCUUAAACCACAGAAUUGUUGAGUGUGUGUAGAUACCUAAGAACAAAUCCCAAAGAAGAACACAUUGGUGAAUAUCAGAAUCUAAAACAUUGGUAUAUAUCAGAAUCGAAAACACUGGUGAAUAUCAGAAUCUAAAACUGGUGAAAAGUUGAUUUUAAGAAGAAAUUUCUUCUUAAAACCGGUUGGUAAAUGAGGCCCAGUGUACAGCUUAGAGCAUUCAGCUUGAAAUGUGAAGGUCAUUUUUUAAAACAAUAUUGUUUUAAACCACCUGCAGGUCAUAUGUGCAUACAACUCUGCAUAGACUUCUACUCUGAGCAGCUAAACAUGCUUGCAUUUUACAAACCUCCCCCAAAGCAGCGAACAGGUGCCAUUAGAAAGGAUUUGCUUCACUGUAAUAUAAAUGCAGCAUAAGUACUUGUUCAUACCUGAUCUGAUCAGUAAGACGGGGAUUUCUGCAUGUCUCAUAUUGACUGGACGGUCCUUUGUUGCUGUCAGGGACACAUUGGGAUGCUUAAGCGUUCACACUACAAAUGUUAUUUGGUCAAAUGCGUCGAUGUCCACGUCCAAAGCAGAGUGAUUGGAUCGUAGUGCGACACAGUGGACUCACACCUGAACUCCACAUGAUCAGACAACUCAGGACGUAUGUUUACCCCACCAGUGAAUAGAGCCUAAGAGAUCAGAACUAUGAGCUUUAGCAUCUAACACUAAAGGGUUUUUAAACAGUUCCAGAACAAAAGUGCUUUCUAUUAACAACAACAUAUUAUAUUUAUCCAUGUCCAAUAACUGCGACCAUCCACACUUCAUAGCUUCAUAUCAUCUAGCACAACGCGUAACUCAAAGAUGAUCUUCUUCUAGGCCUAUAUGUUGGAAUAAUCCAUUAUGAACUGUAGGGGGGAGCACUAAAGUUUGUUUGAUACCAGUGCAGCACCUGUGCCUACAUGGACCAUACCAUGUGCUACCCUGUUUCAGGGUGUAAUAUUCCCUCGGUUUUCUGAAGGGCUUUAUGUUUAAAAUUAAGAAGAAAAAAAACACUUUUUAAGCUUUUAAUAAAUGUCAUUUACUUUUUUGGUUUGUUUUGUUGUACUUUAUUUACUUUGUUUUAUUUUAUCAAAUCUGUAAAUUAUACGUUAUACAAAGAGUUUUCAGUUAAAGAUUUUACUUUGAUCUAUAAUUAUUGUAAUUAUUAAAAGA